UUAUCCCUGGCAACAGAAAAGAAUUAAGGUGUAGAAUAAAACAAGUGGGCGUUGCCAUAUGAAUUUACAUCGGACUCGAAGUCUACCCGGUAUCUCCAACAACAACAAACUGAACAGUGCACUGAUUUUUCUGCUGUAAAUGUCGCACCCCAACACAGAUCCCAGUGACUGCGACAGUCAGAAAGUUGAUGGUGCCCAUGCACGAUUGGAAAAUGCUUUUAACAAAAUGAUGGACAAAAUUGACAAAGACGUUAUCAGGCAAAACUAUGAAGACAUGUUUUUGUGUUCUGCUAACUGUUACAAAGACAGAACUAGUCCAAUAGAAGAUCUCCACAGCUGUACUGAAAGGUGCAACAUAAAGCUAGAGGAAAACAAAGACUUCUUUCAAAGGGAACUGGAUAGUGUCGAACGCAGCAUAGACCGUUGUGAGAGGGAUUGUACAGAACUUAUGCAGAACCUAAGUAAUGCAGACAGCAAUACACAGAGCCUGCAGAAUUGUCUCAGUAAAUGUGUGGACACCCACAUAGAUCAGUUCCCUUCACUAAUAAAGAGACUUAAACAGGGGCAAAUAUGACCAGGGAAAUAACUGAAGCAAAAUUAAACUUUGUAGACAUUUUUUUCAUAUCAAUAAACUUUAUACAGUCAUUCAAAA